CAUGAACUGUGGUUGCAGUCAGUAGCACAUCAUCGCGCGGAAAGUACCGUUUGUGAAUUCUCGGAUAUGUUGUGCUAGCUAAGGAAUUAAGAAAUGGCGAAGCCCCCUUUUCGACAUGGAUCCUGGACAUAUUACGCGGCCAUACCAGCGCUUUUCCUCUUCGUCUACGCUUACACGGUAGGCCGAAGCUGGUCUCCAGUGUCGACGGUCUGUAUCACCGGCAGCCAGACGGCCCAUCUGGCGUUCAGAUCUCACGCUUCUGACAGCGACAACCGAAGUCUCGGAGUCACCAAGGUAGUUGCGAAGUCAUCUCCUGGUGACAGCGUGGACGACCUGCCUUGGUGGGACGGUGGGAGGUGUCUCCAAGACGGGGACGGAAGCUGGCGGCCGAAGGACCCGUCCCACGAGAUCUCGCGCCCUAGGAGACUGCGCGGCGUGAGGGGCACGUGCGGUCGUAGGGCGUUCGCAGAUGGCGACCACCAGCAGGUCAUCAGUUACUCACUCUUCGGUAGCAACCCUGGAUACUGGGUGGGGCUUUCAGAAUCUCUCUCCAUGGCGAAGACCCUCUACCCGGGAUGGAAAGUGUGGCUUUUCACAGAUCCGCGAGGCAAGAGUUCGGUCUUGUGUCCCCUUCUACAUAAGCACGAGCACUUCAGAGUGUGUGACGUCACCAACCUGCCCUUUCCCCUCUACAACAUCAGCCGAGUAUAUCCUACCGUGUGGAGGUUGAGUCCCUUGGGAGAUCCUACGGUGGAUGUCCUGAUUGUCAGAGAUUCGGAUAUGAAGUUCAUGGAACGAGAGCAGACCGCUGUUCUGGAAUGGUUGUCGUCCAGCAAGAUGUUCCACUUGAUGAGAGACCACCCAGGUCACCUGGCGCAAAUUUUGGCUGGCAUGUGGGGCGCCAGAUGGGACAUCCAUAGCCAGAGGAAUAAGUCGUCCACCGACUUCGUGGCGAGGCUGCUCUCGUCCAGCCCCCCGUCUCUGGAAGCCCUCCAGAAGAUGAGGAACAGGAUGCUCGUGAUGGCCUCGAAAAAUCUGUACCACGGGAUUGAUCAGGCGAUACUGAAGAGGGUGCUAUGGCCGGAGAUGGUUGGCAACGUCGUGGCCCACGACAGUUAUUACUGCACGAAAUUCCCUUCCGGAUGGAGACCGUGGCCCACUCGGCGACACAAUGGCACUUUCGUAGGAAACACUUGGUACAGAGGAAGACAGACGCCCUUAACUGCCAAGUGUCCCCGUGAAUGCCGACCUCCCGACCAUCUGAUUGGGAGUACUGUUAAUGACGUCGUUUCCAAUUCAUAAGGAUUGGAGUCUAUGUCUCUAAGGGCUGCUCUAUGAGCAAGGGCCCGUGCUGGCAUAAGGCCAGCUUAGUCUACAACAACAACAACACCAAUAUAUGUCUUCGUUACACGGGAAAAAGCCUGGAUUUCUGAAAGGUUUUCAGAUCCAGACGCCAAGUAAACUUUAUUUUUUUAUUUUUUCUUGUCAAUAGCGACCACUAAGUAAAAGUGAUCUCAAAAUGUUUCGUUGUAUAAUAUUAUGCGGUGUUGAAUUUUUUGUUAUCUUUCUCUCUGAAUAUAAUAGAUAUAUAGGUGUAGAUACAUUGUUGCAAAUCUAGUCCCAGAGAACACGUUCUCUUCCACCACAAAAUACACUCUGUCACCUACGCUGUGAAUCUCAAAAGUGAUACCACCCUUUUUUUCCCCAUGUUUUAACUUCCU